AUGUGCACAAAAAAAAGUUUAUUAAUUUUUCAGUUUCUCUUAUUUGGAUAUUGCGAAGGACAAACAAUUCAGAAUAUUAAUGUGUUGUUUGUUAAUGAAGAAGGAAAUGAAGUAGCGGAUAAAACUCUGGACGUCGUCAUGACCUAUCUGAAAAAGAACAAUAAACUUGGACUGAGUGUUGAUGUUAGAAGAGUUGUCGGAAAUCGGACUGAAUCAAAUGCAUUUCUAGAAUCGCUAUGUUCCACCUACAACGCAAUGCUAGAGACCCAGACCUACCCUCACUUAGUCCUGGAUACUACUAUGACAGGAUUAGGAUCUGAAACAGUGAAGUCUUUCACCCAAGCUUUGGCCUUGCCGACGAUUAGUGCUUCUUUCGGCCAAGAGGGGGAUUUAAGGCAGUGGCGUAACAUUGAUGAAAAUGAAAAGGACUACUUGAUCCAAAUUUGUCCGCCUGCAGACAUAAUUCCUGAGAUUGUUAGAACACUCGUUCUCAAUCAGAAUAUUACCAAUGCAGCAAUUUUGUUUGAUAAUUCUUUCGUAAUGGACCAUAAAUAUAAGUCUCUAUUGCAAAACGUACCUACACGGCAUAUUAUCACACCCAUUAAAACAGGAAAUCAAGUUGUUGAACAACUCACCCAGCUUCGUAAGUUAGAUUUGGUCAACUAUUUCGUUUUGGCAAGUUUGAAAAAUAUCAAGCGAGUUCUCGAUGCAGCUGAUUCUGUUAAUUUUUUCAACAGGAAAUUUGCCUGGCAUGUCAUAACACAAGAAGACGGGGAAAUGAAAUGUGUUUGUCGCAAUGCAACAAUAAUAUUCGUAAAACCCUCACCAAAUGCUGCUCAUCAAGAUAGGUUGGGGACCCUGCAGAGAACGUAUCAACUGAAUACCAAGCCAAUCAUAUCUUCUGCUUUUUAUUUCGAUCUUACUCUACGUUCCUUCAUUGCCAUCAAGGAAAUGAUAUCUGAUGGUGCUUGGAAAAACAGCGUCACAAAUUAUAUAACAUGUGAUGACUACAAUGGAGACAAUAGUCCAAACAGGGAAGGUCUGAAUUUGAAAAAAUAUUUCAGUAAGGAAAUUUCAGAACCACCAACCUACGGGCCGAUAACUUUAGUUUCAAAUGGCUUGAGUUACAUGGAGUUUCAGAUGCAAUUAACUUCGGUGGGAGUACGAGAAGGAGCUUCAGAUAAAUCUACCGUUCUAGGAACUUGGUCAGCUGGUUUUGACAACAAUUUAACUAUCGCGGACCCACAAGUGAUGGUGAAUCUUACAGCUGAUGUUGUUUAUCGGAUUGUUACAGUUGAGCAAAAACCAUUUAUAUUUAGAGACGAGUCAUCGCCGAAAGGAUUCAGUGGCUACUGCAUAGACCUUAUCGAAAAAAUAGCAGAUAUCCUCCAAUUCGAUUAUGAAAUCACAGCUGUUGAUCAUUUUGGAACGAUGGAUGAAAGUGGAAAAUGGAGUGGUGUAGUGAAGGAGCUUAUGGAAAAGAGAGCUGAUGUCGGUUUGGGUUCCAUGUCAGUGAUGGCGGAAAGGGAAAACGUUAUAGAUUUCACUGUACCUUACUAUGAUCUUGUAGGAAUAACCAUACUAAUGAAACUUCCUGAGACUCCCACUAGUUUGUUCAAAUUCUUGACAGUUUUGGAAACCGACGUGUGGUUAUGUAUAUUGGCAGCGUAUUUCUUUACAAGUUUUCUCAUGUGGAUUUUUGACCGCUGGUCUCCAUACAGCUACCAAAACAAUCGGGAAAAAUACAAAGAUGACGAGGAGAAGAGGGAAUUCAAUCUGAAAGAGUGCUUGUGGUUCUGCAUGACUUCUCUAACUCCUCAAGGCGGAGGCGAAGCUCCCAAAAACUUAUCUGGUCGACUGGUGGCUGCUACUUGGUGGCUGUUUGGAUUCAUCAUCAUUGCAUCUUACACUGCAAAUUUGGCAGCUUUUUUGACAGUUUCUCGACUCGACACCCCGAUUGAGUCCCUGGACGAUCUAUCUAAGCAAUAUAAAAUUCAGUAUGCACCUCUGAAUGGUUCCUCAACACAAACAUACUUCGAAAGAAUGGCGAAUAUCGAAGCAAAGUUCUAUGAAAUAUGGAAGGACAUGAGCCUCAAUGACAGUUUGUCAGAAGUAGAACGCGCCAAACUGGCUGUAUGGGAUUAUCCAGUGAGCGAUAAAUACACGAAGAUGUGGCAGGCGAUGAAAGAAGCUGGCCUUCCAAAUACUAUGGAGGAGGCCUUAGAAAAAGUACGAGCGUCCAAAUCAUCAAGCGAAGGUUUCGCGUUCCUCGGAGAUGCCACAGAUAUAAAAUAUUUAGAGAAAACCAAUUGUGAUCUCACGGUUGUUGGUGAAGAGUUCUCCAGGAAACCUUAUGCCAUCGCUGUGCAGCAAGGGUCUCCUUUGAAGGAUCAGUUCAAUACUGCGUGA